AUGUCAGUCGAAGCAAAAACAUUCACUAACAAAUAUAAUGGCGAAACAUUCACAAAAGGCACUUAUAACGGUAUUGAAGUCUUACGUAGAGACAAGGAUGGUUACAUUAAUGCAACAAAUAUGUGUCAGCAGUUUAGGAAAGACUUUAGAAAGUUGUUGGAAAAUAAGUCCUGGGAAGAGUAUUAUAAGGCAUUUUGUGAAGAAUAUAGCAACAGUCCGAAUUCCGGCGGUUGCUUUUUAUACAAAAUUCAUGCAGGAAUUCCUGAUGAAAUCAAACAGGUUAGAGGAACGUAUGUAGACCCAAGACUUAUAAACUAUAUAGCAAUGUGGGCUUCUCCAAAAUAUUGCAUAGCAGUUGGAAAAAUUAUGGACUCCAUAGACAAGAAAGUUCAUGAGAAAUUAGAUGAAGAAGAACUUGAAGAUACA